CACCCAUCUCACAUCUUCACAGUCACAAAGUCACAAACAUGGAGCCUACAGCUGUGGAUAAGAGAGCCGAGCGGGCUGAAUGCCCCUUUUGUACCACUACCUUCACCCAUCGCUCCUCGCUUAUUCGUCACCUCCGGAAGAAGUGCAACCAACCUCAACCGCAGACUGUGCGGCGCAAGGCAUGUAGCCAAUGUGUCGCGGACAAGACGCGGUGUAAUCUUAAGCGCCCCAGCUGCUCGCGAUGUUCUAUGCGACAGAUACCCUGCCAGUAUCCAAACCCCUUCCUGGACUCAUCCGACUCUCCAUCACCAGACAGGGAGGAGACGACUUUGGCACCACAAGUAAACCCAUCGAGUCCACCGGAGCCACAGGCUGCUGAUUCGUCAAGCCUAUUUGAAGCCCUGCUUGCCGACUCUGCGCCUUGGGACCUGUCCUUUCCUUUUGACGUAGAUUCUUCCCUGUCCCCACGUCGCAUCUCCGCAGCUCUGGUCCGUAAUGACAAUGCCCAAACAUACCCUCCUGGGUUGAUCGGUGAGAUUCCACCAGAACCAAAUGCACUGUCCCCCGCAGCGGCGCUGGCGAACCACAGCAUGGAGUUCAUCUUCCGUGUUCUUCGAUCCUGGCCCAGGAUGCUGGCAGGGGAUUUUCAGACGCCUUCAUUCAUUCACCACAGCUCUAUCGCCGACGAUAGGACUCUACCCCAAUCCCUCGCCAACUGCUUCACUCUCGUCACAAUGUGGCACGGGCAAUGUCAUGGAGCCGAGAACCUGGUCCACCGCCUGAUCCUGAACGAAGUAAACAGCCUCUUGAACAAGCUCGACGAUCUCGACGAAACUUCCCUCCUCGCAAUCCUCCAAGCAGUAGUAAUUUACCUGAUCAUCCUGCUCUUCCCCGGCGAGAGCUCCCGCCCAACGCUGCCCCCACCGACCCUCCUCCACAAGAUCCAAGACCUGGCCAACCACGCCGCCAACACGGGCCUUUUCCUCCAGGAGGAAAGAGAGGCAAUGCGUCCCACGUGGACCGCCUGGGUCCACGUGACCUCCAAGCGACGCGCGGUGUUAUCGCUCUACCUCCUCCGCUGGGCACUAUCUGUCUUUCACGACGCCCCGCCGCUAGAUUGCCGCCAGGUAGGCUUCAUGCCGGCGCCUGCGGCGAAGAUCCUUUGGCAGACGAAGUCGGAGCAGGAGUGGAAUUCCUUGUAUAUCCGGUGGCUGGCCAGAUGGGAUGGGCAUGGCUACAUCCAGGGUGAAUUCGAUCAGAUCCGACCGGGGAUUAAGAUGGUGGAGAGGGCGGAGAAGUGGCUGGAGGAGGCGGAUGAGUUUGGAAUGAUUAUGAUGUUCAUCGUAAACGCGACAGACUGCCCAUUACCCACGUUUGCGGUUCAUUGA